UUUCCACUCACCUUCUAUUUACGAUCUGGAUUGUGAGAAUCUGUAUGUAUGUAUGCAGGUCGGGUUGUUCAGUGCAUAUAUGUACACACCUGAUCGAAUUGUGCAGGUAAGAGCCCUUCGCAAUGUCCAGAUCCAAAAUAGGAGGGUAAAGUAAAGUAUGAAAAUCAUCCGUCCGUUGUUGCAAAAGCAUCUCUUUCACAUCCCAUCUCCAUCUCCAUCUACCCCAAAGAAACAACACUUGCAUUCUCUUCCCAACUUCCAUCAUCAAUUCAACACCCCACAUCUCAUCACCAACUCUCAUCACCACCGUCCGUAUUCCUUGGUUGAGUUUGGAAGUACCGUAGAUUCCAUCAAUGCCAUCUCCUCAGACCCAUGUCUUUUCCUCUUAGGCUUCUGCAACAAUAUUGCCUCUCUCAAGAGAAUCCAUGCCCAGCUCAUUGUUCAUGGCCUCACUCACAACCUCCUCUGCCAAACCAAACUCGUCAGCCUCUAUGGCUUCUUUGGCAACGUCGAUCAGGCAUGGUCCAUCUUCGAGUGGAUUAUCAACCCAGAUCUCUAUUCUUGGAAAGUAAUGGUCAGAUGGUAUUUCCUUAACGAUUCCUAUUCGGAACUCAUCCAAUUCUACGAGCGUAUGAAGCAAUGCCUAAAAGAACAUGAUAAUGUUAUUUCCUCAAUCAUGUUGAAGGCGUGCACCCAUCUGCGUGAUUCCGACCAUGGGAUGAAGCUCCAUUGCCAGAUUGUUAAAGUGGGGAGCCCUGACAGUUUUGUACUCACUGGUCUGAUCGAUAUGUAUGCCAAAUGUGGGAUGGUCAGAUCCUCACGCCUAGUGUUCGACGAAAUUUCUGAGAGAAAUGUGGUCUCUUGGACUUCCAUGAUCGUUGGGUACAUGCAGAAUGAUUGCAUGGAAGAUGGGUUGGCUCUGUUCAAUCAAAUGAUACUGGCAGAAACCGAGCCUAACCAGUUCACGAUUGGUAGCUUGCUUACAGCAUGCUCAAAGCUGCAUGCUUUGCAUCAGGGAAAAUGGGUCCAUGGUUAUAUGAUCAAGAAGGGUAUAGAAUUGAACUCCUUUGUAGUAACUGCACUGCUUGAUGUGUAUGUGAAGUGUGGAACAGUUGCUGAUGCUCGCUUGGUAUUUGAUGAGCUGUCUACCAUCGAUCUUGUCUCAUGGACUACCAUGAUCGUCGGGUACGCACAUAAAAACUACCCUGUCAAGGCCUGGGUAGGGAGUGUUCUUUCAGCCUGUGCCAAGUCGUGCAAUUUGAAUUUGGGUAGAUUGGUUCAUGUGCUUGGGAUUAAACUUAGAUUGGAAGAGGAGGUUACAGUGAGGAAUGCUCUUGUAGAUAUGUAUGUGAAAUGUGGAAUGCUUGGAGAUGUUUUUAAUAUAUUUGAAAGGAUUUUGCACAAAGAUGUUAUCGCGUGGAAUGCGAUGAUAUCUGGUUACUCUCAAAAUGGGUUGAGUAACAAAGCUUUGUCAUUGUUUCAUCAGAUGAGGUCGGAUAAUUUCUUGCCUGAUGUAGUCACCGUGGUUAGUGCCCUCUCGGCUUGUGCUUGUUUUGGAGCUCUACAGGUUGGUAGUUCAUUCCAUGCUUUCACAGAGAAGAAUGACUUUUUAUCAAACAUCUAUGUUGGCACUGCCCUUCUAAAUUUGUAUGCUAAAUGUGGGGAUGCAGUAUUAGCUCGCUGUGUCUUUGAUCAUAUGGAUCAUAUGGAUGAGAAGAAUACAGUGGCAUGGAGUGCAAUGAUGGGUGGGUAUGGCAUGCAUGGAGACACUAACAACUCUCUUGCACUCUUUUCUGAUAUGUUGAAGGAGGAAUUGCAGCCCAAUGAUAUAAUCUUCACAAGCAUUCUGUCCUUUUGUAGCCACACGGGGAUGGUUGGGGAGGGAUUGAAGUAUUUCGAUGCUAUGGGCCAAGAAUACCAUGUCAUUCCUUCCAUGAAACAUUAUGUUUGUAUGGUAGAUUUGUUAGCUCGGGCCGGCAAGCUUGAAGAUGCACUAGAGUUUAUAGAGAAGAUGCCGAUACCAGUAGAUGCUACUGUAUGGGGAGCUUUUCUCCAUGGUUGCAGACUCCAUAUGAGGUUGGAGCUGGGAGAGGUGGCUAUGAAGAGGAUGCUUCAAUUGCAGCCUGAUGGUGCAGGAUACUACGUGCUUAUAUCAAACUUGUAUGCUUCAAAUGGCAGGUGGAAUGAGGCUGCCAAGGUGAGGGGUUUGAUGAAGGAAAGACAAUUGAACAAGUUGCCUGAGCGUAGCUUUGUAGAGAUGGAUAAUAGUAUUCACUCCUUUACAUUGAAAGAGAUGUCACUCCCAUAGUCAUCUACAUCGCCUGAUAGGAUCUAACCACAAAAAUGCAGUAUUUUCCUCUUUUUCUAAAAAAAGAAAAA